UUCACGGCCAUCAAGCUAUAGGCUUCCUUUUCAAGUCAGACAGAUCGGCUCAAAAAUCGAGUCCAGUUCUCCUAUUACAUUCGUCUUCUCUGACAUUGUGCCAUUCUGAAACCAACAUCUCUGCCUUCUAUUAACCAUGUUACGCUUCACUUACAUCUAUGUGGCUUUCAGUUUAAUUUGUGGAGAACUUGGCGAAUCUAAGUACACUGCCAGAGUUGGUGAUGAACGACAUACCUGGUUAAAUCUGAAACAUACCUGUGAAUCAUCAAGUGGGUACCUUGCAAGCAUCACAACAGCCGAUGAACUAGCUGCUGUCCUUGAGUACAUGAAUGACUUUCCAGUCGGUUUCUAUGCGAUCGGAUUAUCACUCCAGGCGGGGUAUGAUCGGCAUGUAGAUGGAAACUGGAAGUGGGAAACUGGAGAGGCUUUUGAUUCUUCUAUUAUUACAUGGGGUCCAUCGCAACCUGAUGGAGGGACUAGUAAAUUUUUAGGGGUUCGGGUUAAGAUCGAUGAUGGUUACAAAGGCCUAUAUGACCUGACUGCUACCACUAGAAUUAUUGAUAGAUAUAUUUGUGAAUUUGACCUUCCGAUUUAUUUCCAAUCUGUGGAGAAUCGUGGAGUAACUAGGCCUAUGGAUGCUUCGUACAUGAGAUGCGCGAUGCGAUGUCGGCGACAGACAGAGUGCCAGGGAUUUCAUAUCGAUGAUGCUGGAUGUCAGCUUGAAGAUGGAGUAAAUGAUGACAAUAAACGACAAUAUAGCAAAAUAACUUAUCCUCGUAGUGAAUAGAAAAAUAGGUAGCUGAGGGUACAUGUAGCUACUGAAUGUUGUUUUUGUGUUUAUUUUGUUGGUAUACCAUGUUUUAAUGUAUUACUAUUGUUAAUGUUGUUUUAAAUUUCAACCGAAUAAAGGACACUUUAAUCUUGAUUAUCGUUUAAAUUUCUGUGAUGAAGGUGAGGUCUGCUUCGGGAUAGUGAAAAAAAAAACCCAUUUUAUUUUUUGUUUAUUAAAUAGUACUAAUUUCAACAGAAAUUUUAAAAUAACUUGUAUUUAUGAUGUCUUUAUAAGCAAUGAUUUAUGAACAAGAGGAAAAACAUGCAUGCAUAUUGUUUUCGAAAAAAGUCAACUUAAUAAUACAAAUUUAAAAGCAAAACUUUUUAUUUUCAUUUUCGCCUUUUCGUCUGGCUUUAAAUAUAACACAAUUUAGAAAUUAUAAGUUUCCAUAAAAUAUGCAGGUACAUAAACAUUCUAUCAUUCUAAUCAUGUCUAUGAAUUGACAACUUAGGCUACUUUAAAAAAUGAAACCAAUAACUUAGCAUGAGAUUUUUUUGGUGGGGUUAAUGGUGGAGGUUCUUCAAAUAGUUUCGUUUACUUUAUUGUGAAAUUAUGUUUUGGGGUGUUGCGCCAGAUAUUUUGUCCAUUUCUUUGCAGCUUCUUGACUUUUUUGUUUGCCAUAGUUAUGGAAUGGAAUUCUAUGUGUAUUGGUGAGGCAGAAUUUAAACAUACAUCCCACAAAGUUCCUGCACUGCUGUAUAAUUGAAUUUCAAAGUACGGUACUGAGUUGUGUUUGAUCUGUUUACUGGAGGUACAUUACAAAAUGUAGGCUUCCAUGUCUUUGUUUUCAGUUUAACCUGAAAUGAUAAAGUAUAGAAUGCAAGAAUUAAUUAUUGACAACGAAAAUUAAGUGAAACAUGAAAGUGACAAGAUUUAUAUUUAGAUUUCUUUGUAUUUUAAUAUUUAAUUAUUGUUUUUAAAGAGUACUUAAUAAAUUUAUAUUA